AGUGGUGCGGCGCUGCUGCAGCAGUGACGUCACCGCGGCGGAGGAAAACAGAGUGCUUUACUCUUCGACGAGCUGAUCGACAACGCCAACGCCUCUGCAUCUUCUUCCACACUUCGAAGAGACUAAGAGAAGAAAAUGGAGACCGCAGGAGUUAAAGUUCUGGAGACUGCCGAAGACAUCCAGGAGCGCCGGCAGCAGGUCCUGGACCGCUACAGGCGCUUCAAGGACCUGUCCAUUAUGCGGCGUCAGAAGCUGGAAGACUCUUACCGCUUCCAGUUCUUCCGCCGCGAUGCAGAUGAGCUGGAGAAGUGGAUCCAGGAGAAGUUGCAAAUUGCCUCUGAUGAGAACUACAAGGACCCGUCGAACCUGCAGGGUAAGCUGCAGAAACAUCAGGCUUUUGAGGCUGAAGUUCAGGCCAAUGCCGGGGCCAUCAUCAAGCUGAAUGACACUGGAAGUCUGAUGAUCACAGAAGGCCAUUUUGCUUCUGAGACCAUUCGAAACCGCCUGGAGGAGCUACGCCGUCUUUGGGAGCUCCUGCUGCUCAGGACAAAAGAGAAGGGGAUGCAUCUCCUACAUGCACAAAAACUAGUCCAGUACAUUCGGGAGUGUGAAGAUGCCCUGGGCUGGAUCAGUGAUAAGGAGGCCAUAGCAACAUCUGAGGAGCUGGGGCAGGACCUUGAGCAUGUGGAGCUUCUGCAGAAGAAGUUUGAGGAGUUCCAGACAGACCUGGCAGCACACGAGGAGCGAGUGAAUGAAGUGAACCAGCUGGCGGCCAAACUGAAACAAGAGGACCAUCCUGAGGUGGAACUCAUCGUUUGCAAGCAGGAUGAAGUCAAUGCUGCCUGGCAGCGCCUGAAGGGUCUGGCCCAGCAGAGACAAGGAAAGCUGUUUGGAGCUGCUGAGGUCCAGCGAUUCAAUAGGGAUGUUGAUGAGACCAUCAGUUGGAUUAAGGAGAAGGAGCAGCUGAUGGGUUCUGAUGACUUUGGGCGUGAUCUGGCCAGUGUACAGGCACUUAUCCGUAAACAUGAGGGUCUGGAGAGAGACUUGGCUGCUCUGGAAGAUAAGGUCAACACACUAGGCGGUGAUGCAGAGCAUUUGCAGCAAACACAUCCCCAAAAUGCUUCGCAGAUCCACCUCAAGAAAGAUGAACUUGUGACAAAUUGGGAGCGGAUUCGCAGUCUGGCUGCUGAGCGCCAUGCACGCUUGAAUGAUGCUUAUCGGCUGCAGCGUUUUACUGCAGACUUCAGGGAUCUGACAAGCUGGGUAACCGAAAUGAAGGCCCUCAUUAAUGCAGAUGAACUUGCUAAUGAUGUAGCUGGAGCUGAGGCUCUGCUGGACCGCCAUCAGGAGCAUAAAGGAGAGAUUGAUGCCCAUGAGGAUAGCUUCAGAGCCACUGAUGAGGCUGGCCAGGCUUUGCUCAGUACAGCACAUUACGCUUCUGAAGAAGUCAAGGAAAAGCUGGGCGUCCUUACUGAAGAGAAGGAGUCUCUGUUAGAGUUGUGGGAACUUCGCAGGCAGCAAUAUGAGCAGUGUAUGGACCUCCAGCUCUUCUACAGGGACACUGAGCAAGUGGACAACUGGAUGAGCAAACAAGAGGCUUUUCUUUUGAAUGAAGAUCUUGGUGAUUCCCUGGAUAGUGUGGAGGCACUGCUGAAGAAGCAUGAAGACUUUGAAAAGUCACUGAGUGCUCAAGAAGAGAAGAUCACUGCUUUAGAUGAAUUUGCAACUAAACUCAUCCAGAACAAGCAUUAUGCCAAAGAGGAUGUGGCUACCCGCAGAGACGCUCUUCUCAGUCGUCGCAAUGCCCUACAUGAGCGUGCUCAGUCUCGACGCUCGGCCUUGGAGGAUUCCUUCCACCUUCAGCAGUUCUUCAGAGACUCUGAUGAGCUCAAGAGCUGGAUCAAUGAGAAGAUGAAGACUGCCAGUGAUGAAGCAUAUAAGGAUCCUUCCAACUUGCAAGGAAAGGUGCAGAAACACCAAGCUUUUGAAGCAGAGUUGUCCGCUAAUCAAAGCCGCAUUGAUGCUCUGCAAAAGUCUGGUCAAGAGUUGCUUGAUCGAAAACAUUACGCCUCCUCGGAGGUGGCCUGUCGUAUGGAAGAGGUCAGCUCCCAGUGGAAAAAACUUCUGGAAGCCACUGAGCUGAAAGGCAUCAAGCUCCGUGAGGCCAACCAACAGCAGCAAUUUAACAGGAAUGUGGAGGACAUUGAGCUUUGGCUCUAUGAGGUUGAGGGCCACUUGACCUCAGAUGACUAUGGCAAAGACCUAACCAGUGUCCAAAAUCUUCAGAAAAAACAUGCACUUCUUGAAGCUGAUGUAACUGCUCACCAGGAUCGCAUUGAUGGUAUAAUAAUUCAAGCUCGACAGUUCCAAGAGGCUGGACACUUUGAUGCUGAUAACAUCCAGAAGAAACAGGACGCUUUAGUAGUUCGUUACGAAGCCCUUCGUGAGCCCAUGGCUGCUCGCAAACAGAAGCUGGCUGACUCUCUUCGCCUCCAGCAACUUUUCAGAGAUGUUGAAGAUGAGGAGACUUGGAUACGCGAGAAAGAGCCCAUAGCUGCAUCUACAAACAGAGGCAAAGAUCUAAUUGGUGUCCAGAAUCUGCUGAAGAAGCACCAGGCCCUCCAAGCUGAGAUCACUGGUCAUGAGCCUCGUAUAAAAGCCGUCUCUUUGAAAGGAGAGGCCAUGGUAGAAGAAGGACACUUUGCUGGUGCAGAAGUAAAAGCAAAACUGUCUGAGCUACACGGACGCUGGGAUGUUCUGAAGUCCAAAGCCUUUCAGAGAAGGCAGGACCUUGAAGACUCUCUUCAGGCGCAGCAAUACUUUGCUGAUGCCAAUGAAGCAGAGUCUUGGAUGAGAGAGAAGGAACCCAUUGUGGGGAGCAUAGACUAUGGUAAAGAUGAAGACUCUGCUGAGGCUUUACUGAAGAAACAUGAGGCUCUGAUGUCUGACCUGAGUGCCUAUGGAAGUAGCAUCAAAGGGCUGAAUGAACAGGCUGUGACUUGCAGGCAACAAGUGGCACCAACCGAUGAUGAGACUGGGAAGGAACUUGUUCUGGCCCUGUACGAUUAUCAGGAGAAGAGCCCCCGUGAAGUUACCAUGAAGAAGGGUGACAUUCUCACCCUUUUGAACAGCACCAAUAAGGACUGGUGGAAAGUCGAAGUGAAUGACCGCCAGGGAUUUGUUCCUGCUGCAUAUGUGAAGAAACUGGAUCCCAAUCAGUCCUCUUCCAGGGAAAACCUUCUGGAUGACCAUGGAAGCAUUGGACUUCGCCAUGACCAAAUUGAUAAUCAGCUUGUCACCAAAGAGGCUUGCAGCGUGUCUAUGCGCACAAAGCAGGUUGAAGAGCUGUAUGGAACGCUGUUAGACCUGGGCGAGAAACGCAAGAACAUGUUGGAGAAAAGCUGCAAGAAGUUUAUGUUGUUUCGCGAAGCAAAUGAGCUUCAACAGUGGAUCAAUGAGAAGGAGAAUGCCCUCACCAACGAAGAGGUGGGCUCAGACCUGGAGCAGGUGGAGGUCCUACAAAAGAAGUUUGACGAUUUCCAGAAGGACCUCAAGGCCAAUGAGUCCCGUUUGAGGGACAUCAACAAAGUGGCUUCUGAGCUGGAGUCUGAAGGCCUCAUGGCCGAGGAGGCACCUGUGGUUCAAGCUCAGCAGCAAGAAGUGUUAGGUGCGGCGCCUGGCAAGAUGGAUGAAACUGAUUCCAAAGGUGCAUCUCCAUGGAAGAACAUACGUAUGGCCGUUCAAACAACUGCUAACUUCAACACCAUCAAGGAACUGAACAACCGCUGGAAAUCGCUGCAGCAGCUGGCUGAAGAGAGAAGCAAUGUGUUGGGUAGUGCCCAUGAAGUACAGAGAUUCCAUAGAGAUGCAGAUGAAACGAAAGAGUGGAUUGAGGAGAAGAACCAGGCUCUCAACACGGACAACUACGGUCACGACUUGGCCAGUGUUCAGGCUCUGCAGCGUAAGCACGAAGGCUUUGAGAGAGACCUGGCAGCUUUGGGCGAUAAGGUCAACUCUCUCGGUGAGACAGCACAACGUUUGAUCCAAUCCCACCCAGAAGCAGUGGAUGACAUCCAGGAGAAAUGUACUGAGCUUAACACUGCCUGGAGCAGCCUGGUAGGACGCGCUGACCAACGUAAGGACAAACUUGGAAACUCGCAUGACCUGCAGCGCUUUGUCUCGGACUUCAGAGAUCUCAUGUCCUGGAUCAAUGGAAUCCGAGGAUUGGUUUCCUCAGAGGAGUUAGCUAAAGAUGUGACUGGAGCUGAAGCCCUUCUUGAACGACACCAGGAGCACCGCACCGAGAUAGAUGCUCGUGUUGGUACCUUCCAGGCCUUUGAACAGUUUGGACAGCAGCUUUUGGCUCAGGGUCAUUAUGCAAGUCCAGACAUUAAGCAGAGACUGGAGGCUUUGGACAACGAGCGUGCGGACUUGGAAAAGGCCUGGGUGCAGCGGCGCAUGAUGCUGGACCAGUGCCUCGAGUUCCAGCUCUUCAGCAGGGACUGCGAGCAGGCUGAGAACUGGAUGGCAGCUCGAGAAGCCUUCCUUGCAAGUGAUGACAAAGGAGACUCUCUUGACAGUGUUGAGGCGCUCAUUAAGAAACAUGAAGAUUUUGAUAAGGCCAUAAAUGUGCAGGAAGAGAAAAUAGCUGCUCUGCAAUCCUUUGCUAACCAGCUGAUUGGGGCAGACCAUUAUGCCAAACCUGAGAUCCUAAAUCGCCGUAAUGAAGUCCUUGACAGAUGGCGCCGCCUGAAAACCCAGAUGAUAGAAAAGCGCUCCAAACUUGGUGAAUCCCAGACACUGCAGCAGUUCAGCCGAGAUGUGGAUGAAAUUGAAGCAUGGAUUAGCGAGAAACUGCAGACUGCAACAGAUGAGUCCUACAAGGACCCCACCAACAUACAGCUUUCCAAGCUACUGAGCAAACACCAGAAGCAUCAAGCGUUUGAGGCGGAGCUCCAUGCCAAUGCUGACAGAAUCCGAGGAGUAAUAGAUACUGGGAACUCUCUCAUCCAGAGAGGGGCCUGUGCUGGCAGUGAGGAUGCAGUGAAGGUCCGCCUAAGUGCUUUGGACGAGCAGUGGCAGUUCCUCGUCAAUAAAUCUGCUGAAAAGAGUCAAAAACUUAAGGAUGCCAAUAAGCAGCAGAACUUUAACACUGGCAUCAAAGACUUUGACUUUUGGCUCUCUGAGGUGGAAGCACUCCUUGCCUCAGAGGACUAUGGUAAAGAUCUGGCGUCGGUCAACAACCUGCUGAAGAAACACCAGUUGCUGGAGGCAGAUAUUUCUGCCCACGAGGAUCGUCUGAAGGAUCUAAGUGGCCAGGCUGACAGUCUGAUGGGCACUGCUUUGGACACCUCUCAAGUGAAGGAGAAGCGUGACGCCGUCAAUGGCCGUUUCAUCAAAAUUAAAAGUAUGGCAGCCAGCCGCCAUGCCAAGCUCAAUGAGUCUCACCGCCUGCAUCAGUUCUUCAGGGACCUGGAUGAUGAAGAGUCUUGGAUUAAGGAGAAGAAGUUGCUUGUAAGUUCAGAGGACUAUGGACGUGAUUUGACUGGAGUUCAGAAUCUCAGGAAGAAACACAAGCGGCUUGAAGCUGAGCUGGGAGCCCACGAGCCAGCGAUAAAGUCGGUGCUGGAUACUGGAAAGAAGCUGUCUGAUGACAACACCAUUGGUCAAGAGGAGAUCCAGCAGAGACUGUCCCAGUUUGUUGACCACUGGAAAGAACUCAAAGACUUAUCCGGAGCAAGGGGUCAGAGGCUGGAGGAAUCGUUGGACUACCAGCAGUUUGUGGCAAACGUGGAAGAAGAAGAAGCAUGGAUUAAUGAGAAACUGAAUUUAGUGGGCAGUGAAGACUAUGGAGACACACUGGCUGCUGUGCAGGGAUUGCUUAAAAAGCAUGAAGCCUUUGAGACAGACUUCACCGUCCACAGAGACAGAGUUAGUGAUGUCUGUGCCAAUGGAGAAGAUCUCAUUAAGAAGAACAACCAUCAUGUUGACAACAUCACCUCCAAGAUGUCAGCUCUGCAAGGCAAGGUGUCGGAGCUCAGUCGGGCAGCUGCUCAGAGGAAGGCUAAGCUGGAUGAGAACUCUGCUUUCCUGCAGUUCAACUGGAAGGCUGAUGUGGUGGAGUCUUGGAUUGGAGAGAAAGAGAACAGCCUGAAGACGGAUGACUAUGGCAGAGACCUUUCCUCAGUCCAGACUUUGCUGACUAAGCAGGAGACAUUUGAUGCCGGACUUCAAGCCUUCCAGCAGGAGGGCAUCACCAGUAUUACAGCUCUCAAAGACCAGUUGUUGGCUGCCAAGCACGUCCAGUCAAAAGCAAUAGAAGCUCGUCAUGCUGCUUUAAUGAAGCGCUGGAACCAGCUGUUGUCCAACUCAGCAGCUCGCAAGAAGAAGCUUCUGGAGGCUCAAGAGCACUUCAGAAAGGUAGAAGACUUGUUUCUUACUUUUGCCAAAAAGGCAUCAGCCUUUAACAGCUGGUUUGAGAAUGCCGAGGAGGACCUGACAGACCCAGUCAGGUGCAAUUCUCUGGAAGAAAUCCGGGCACUGCGUGAAGCCCAUGAGGCCUUCCGGUCAUCGCUGACCUCAGCGCAUACCGAUUUCAACCAGCUGGCUGAACUGGACACGCAGAUUAAGAACUACCAGGUGGUGUCCAACCCGUACACCUGGUUCACAAUGGAAGCUUUGGAAGAAACAUGGAGAAAUCUGCAAAAGAUAAUCAAGGAGCGAGAACUAGAGCUGCAGAAAGAGCAGAGAAGGCAGGAGGAGAAUGACAAGUUGCGUCAGGAGUUUGCACAGCAUGCCAACGCUUUCCAUCAAUGGCUGCAAGAAACCAGGACCUAUCUUCUGGACGGGUCCUGUAUGGUUGAAGAGUCGGGUACACUUGAAUCCCAACUGGAGGCCACGAAGCGCAAACACCAGGAGAUUCGUGCCAUGCGCAGCCAGCUGAAGAAGAUUGAAGACCUGGGCGCCGCUAUGGAAGAAGCGCUCAUAUUGGACAACAAGUACACGGAGCACAGCACGGUGGGAUUGGCGCAGCAGUGGGACCAACUGGACCAGCUGGGGAUGAGGAUGCAACACAACCUGGAGCAGCAGAUACAAGCCAGGAACACGACAGGCGUGACAGAGGAGGCUCUGAAGGAGUUCAGCAUGAUGUUCAAACACUUUGACAAAGAGAAGUCAGGCCGUCUGAACCACCAGGAGUUCAAGUCAUGCUUGCGCUCGCUGGGUUACGACCUUCCAAUGGUGGAAGAGGGGGAACCUGAUCCUGAGUUUGAGGCCAUACUCGACACCGUUGAUCCAAACAGGGAUGGUAACGUGUCUCUGCAAGAAUACAUGGCCUUCAUGAUCAGCCGUGAGACAGAAAACGUCAAAUCCAGCGAGGAGAUCGAGAGCGCAUUCCGAGCUUUAAGUACGGAGAACAAGCCGUACGUGACUAAAGAAGAGCUUUAUCAGAACCUGACCAAGGAACAAGCAGAUUACUGCCUCUCGCACAUGAAGCCCUACCUUGACAAUAAGGGCCGGGAGCUGCCGUCAGCGUUUGACUUUGUGGAAUUCACUCGUUCACUCUUCGUUAACUAACCCUUCCUUUGCCCAACUAAGCAACACACCCCUCACACUGAAAGCGUGCAUGACUACAUCGACUAGCACUACUUAGCUCUGUACUUAAUGUGUCUGUGCUUGUCAUCAUAAUAAUUUAAUAGCAUCACAUAACUUCACUGCAGUGUGCUUCAAUAAAUGUUGCCUACAACUA